ACUUGCCAACAACGCAUGCUUAACGUGAUCAUCGGAACUGUGAUGCCUUGGAAAAAUCACAUGUUGUAUCUGGUAGUGACGGCGACUCUAACGGCCUUCCGACUUUGUAAAGGACAAGCUGUUGAUUCAGAGGCUGCUGUGCAAAAGCCUUCGUCAGCAGGCAGUCUUCACUUCAGAAGCGUGGUGUCUGAUGGAAAACAUGAAUCUGCGGCCCCAACUCUGCACGGAUCACUUGCCUUCAAGUUUAACGAACACGGAGACCAAAAAUCGAUUCCCGUGUUGCACAAUCUGAUGGAUGCAAAACUGAAGCGCAUGGAUCCAUCUGUGCAAUGUAGUGACAACUUGAUGACUCUGAAGGUCAAACGGGUCAGAGCUCCUCACUUUCUUGUGGAUAGUGGUGAGGGACCGCUUACUCCUUUGUCUCAAAUGCCCUCGAAAUGUGGAUUCUCGGUGAAGAGGUCCCGCAGAGAUGUGCGCUUUACUGCACCUUACCAGGGCUGCCAUGUUACCCAGCAGGGUGCUGAUUAUAUACUACCACUGCGUUUAUGGGGGGCACCAAUGACUAUGUCUUGCCCUGCUGUGUUACCACCACCCUCCGUUUCCUGCUUCCCAUCUGGGAUGGUGGUGAAGAUUGGUGGUAUUACAGCAAAUGAACUCAAAGUUAAGGUGUCCGGCACGUGGAAGUCCCUCUCAUCGAUCUGUAGCAGUUGUGGAUUUGCUGUUGAAGAGCUUUCUAGAGGACUGAAGCUCACUGCACCCUACAACAAAGGCUUGUGUAUAGAGAUGGAGGAUGAAGAGUAUUUACUCUCUCUUCUGUUGGCGGAUGUUGAGCUCUUAGUCACAUGUCCUUCAUUACCAGACAUUAAACCCACCACAGCGACAACUACGCCUCCUAGUGGCAGUGGCCAGGUCCUGCAGUCUCCUCAGUAUCCCCAGUUCCCAAUGUUUCCUCAAUACCCAGGGUUUCCUUGGCCCACUCCUCCAGCACACCCUCCUGCCCCUACCACAGGUAUAGUGGCACUGUUACCACAACGUCCACAGCUUCCCUCAGGUGCUGCUACAGACUCUAACACAGAAAACCAAGAAGCACCUGCAGCUCAGCACCCUGCAUUUCCAUUCAUGUCACAGUAUCCACAGUUCCCUCAGUACCCCUUGUUUCCCAGACCUGUAACACCAUCGCAAUCUACUGCUAAUAAAAACAAUGCUGCUUCUCCGGCCCAAUAUUCUCAGAUGUUGCAGUCUCCACAGUAUCAAAUUCCUCUUUUCCCACAAUUCCCCAUGGCACCUGGAAUUUUCCAUCCAACAACCCCUCCUCCUGCCUCUAGCACAAAGGCUUUGGUAGCCACACCUGUCCCCACCACUAAGCAUUAUGGGAAGCCUCAUGUUCCCCAGCAGCCACAGUUUCCAAUGCCCCCUCAAUAUCCUUUCCUGCCAUUCCCAAAACUCCCACUGCCUCCAGAAGGUCAAAGUGAAGCUUUUCAGGAUCCCAUACCUGUAAACCAGCAGCCCAAACCACAUGUAUAUCCUCAGACCUAUCAAAUCCCUGUGUUGUAUCCUCCUCCUAAGUAUCCUUCUCAAAGACAAAAUACUCAGACUGCUGCUCCUGCUACCGCCCCAACAACCAGUGCAACUACUGCCACAACGCCUGCUGCUCAAAGGCCAUUUUAUUACCCACACCCUUAUAUGCCAGAAUAUUAUGUUCCUCAGCAGGCUCACAUGCCGGUAUUUCCUGAUCCUCAAACUAUGCCUCCUGUAAACACAGCUCCAUCUGAUCAGCAUGAACAUCAGCCUAUAUACCAUGCCAUGCCUCCAUUUUAUCCUUUUCCUUCUCAUCAAAGGCCAAAAUCGGCUGCAAGAAACUGGUAAAGGUUCUGCUGAUGGUCCCCAGGAACAUCAGACUCUCCUUCAUGUUUUGAUUUACCUCACAGAUUUGGCCUGCAAAGCUGUGACAAACUCUCCAAGGAUCCUCUCCUGCUGAAUAGAAAUAACUAAAAUGUUUCUUGCAUUUAGCAAGAGGGAUUCAAAAUGUAGAUUUUUCUUAAGAAAAAUAAAGGGCUGAUUAGCUACACAA